AUGGCGGCUGCCAAGAAAACCGUUUUGGGGCCCUUGGUUGGCGCUAUUGAUCAAGGGACCAGCUCCACUCGCUUUCUGGUGUUUAAUUCGAAAACAUCAGAACUCCUGAGCCAUCACCAAUUCGAGCUGAAGCAGAAGUUUCCCAAGGAAGGCUGGGUAGAGCAAGAUCCCAAAGAGAUCCUGCUUUCCGUCUACGAGUGUAUCGAGAAAACCUGUGAGAAGCUGAUCCAGCUCAAUGUCGACAUCGCUAACAUCAAAGCCAUUGGGGUGAGUAACCAGCGGGAGACUACUGUCAUUUGGGACAAGUUUACCGGGGAGCCCCUCUAUAAUGCAGUGGUGUGGCUUGACCUGCGUACUCAGUCAACCGUUGAGACUCUCAGUAAGAGAAUCCCUGGCAAUAACAAUUUUGUCAAAUCAAAGACUGGGCUGCCCCUGAGCACUUACUUUAGUGCUGUGAAGCUCCAUUGGCUCCUGGAGAAUGUGAGGAAGGUUAAGAAAGCUGUUGAGGAACAGAGGGCCCUUUUUGGUACCAUUGACUCUUGGCUGAUCUGGAAUCUGACUGGAGGUGCUGCGGGAGGGGUCCACUGCACAGAUGUUACUAAUGCCAGCAGAACCAUGCUCUUCAACAUUCAUUCUCUAGAAUGGGAUCCAGAGUUGUGUGAUUUCUUUGAUGUUCCUAUGGAAAUACUUCCAGAUGUCCGCAGCUCUUCUGAGAUCUAUGGACUGAUGAAAUCUGGAUCUCUGGAAGGUGUGCCGUUAUCUGGAUGUUUGGGUGACCAAUCUGCUGCUUUAGUGGGCCAAAUGUGUUUCCAGGAAGGGCAGGCCAAAAACACCUAUGGAACUGGUUGCUUCUUACUGUGCAAUACAGGCCCCAAAUGUGUAUUCUCUGAACAUGGCCUUCUAACCACUGUGGCUUACAAGCUGGGCAGAGACAAACCUGUAUGCUAUGCACUGGAAGGAUCUGUUGCCAUUGCUGGAGCUGUUGUUCGCUGGCUAAAAGACAAUCUUGGCAUCAUAAAAACUGUACCAGAAAUUGAAAAACUGGCCGAAGAGGCGGGCACGUCUUACGGCUGCUACUUUGUUCCAGCCUUCUCAGGUUUAUAUGCUCCAUACUGGGAACCAAGUGCAAGAGGUAUUAUUUGUGGCCUUACUCAGUUCACAAAUAAACAACAUAUUGCUUUUGCAGCAUUAGAGGCAGUAUGUUUCCAAACCCGUGAAAUACUAGAUGCCAUGAAUCAAGAUUGUGGAAUGCCACUCACUCAUUUACAAGCAGACGGAGGAAUGACCACGAACAGAAUUCUAAUGCAGCUUCAAGCAGAUAUCCUGUAUAUUCCAGUACUGAAGCCUUCAAUGCCUGAAACAACUGCUCUGGGUGCUGCCAUGGCAGCCGGGUAUGCUGAAGGAGUCGGAGUUUGGAGUCUCGAACCUGAAGAUCUAUCCGUUGUCACCAUGGAGCGCUUUGAACCCCAGAUAAAUGCUGAAGAAAGUGAAAUUCGUUAUGCCACUUGGAAGAAAGCUGUACAGAAAUCGAUGGGCUGGGUUACAUCACAAACCCCUCUACUUGGUGAUCCCAAUAUCUUCAGUAGUAUCCCACUGGGCUUUUAUAUAGUAUCCAGCAUGGUGAUGUUAAUUGGAGCAAGGUACAUCUCCGGAGUUCCAUAA